UUACUGCUACCUAUCACUAAUAACGUCGGUCUAAUGCGCACGCGCCCUCUGUCUUCACAUGAGGGAACUGCACUGACAUUCCAAGCCGAGUAUCUUUGAGUCGCUCUUCCUUGAGUCUCAUGCACUCAGCCAAUCUGAAUGCGCUGACGAGGAGAGGCAGGAUCCUGAUAUUUAACUCUCAGGGCACUGAUGCAUCUACACCUGUCACUGGCUGCUCCUCGUGAGGAACUCAUGCACUUUAUCUCCCUCUUCACAUACUGAAGAUAUCCACACACGGGACGUGCGGUUCUUGAGAAGUCACACCGGCGAUUUCCUCGCGUUUUGUCAUUAUUUACCGGGACAUGCGCUUUAUCACGAACCUGUAAGGACGCGACAGGACGUCUGAACCUCACCUGAAAAUAAAACACGCAGCUAUGCCGAAAAGAAAUCUUCCUUGACGCAUCUGGAAACAUAGGUGCGAGUAUCUUCUUCUGCAUCCUGCUGUGAACAUGCAUCUCCCAUCAUAGCGAGGAUUACAGUUGGACACCACAUGCGCCCCUGAGUCUCUUUAUCAUCUCUUUAUUAGGUAGAAUUAUGAUCCUCUUCCGUAGAUUUCGCGUGUUGAUUUUAAUGGUGUUUCUCGUCGCCUGCACCAUGCACAUCAUGAUAGACCUGUUACCCAAGCUGGAGAAGCGCGCGGCGGGCUCGAGCUCCAGCGCUGGAGGUGGAGGCGGCUGCUCCUGCGCUCACACACCGGGCGAGGAGCCGCGAUCCUGGGCCAAACAGCGCCCCGCCGCCGCCGCCGCCGAACCGGGCUGGCCUAAUAAACACUCUUUGAGAUUACUGCAGGAUUUCAGCAAUGAACCCAACUCCAACCUCACUUCGCACUCACUGGAGAAGGUGACGGAGAGAGCCGAGUCUGAAAAGAGAGUGAGACAGCUGCAGCUGGGCUCGGAGGAGAGAGCUUUGAUGAGAGAUGCAGCGAGCGCACAGAAGCAGAGAGCUAUCCAGGGUUCCUCCAGACUGAAGGCGCUCUAUGCGCAUCCCCUCUAUAAGCCCGACCUGCCUCAUCUCUCUGAAGAUGACAGCUUGUUCAACCUCAACAGUGAUGUCAGACUCUACCCCAAAGCUGCCGGGCAACAAGAAUGGCAAAGCUCAGAUGGUUGCAUAGCUACUCGUGGGAAUCUGAAUGUAUUCAUGACAUUUGAUGACAGUCUGACAAAAUGCACUAAGAGAUCACCACUGCUGUUUACAAGACUGCAAAACAUCACAGCUAAUACAUGCUUGUCAAUGAAGUCAGGUGGCACUCAGCUGAAGCUCAUCAUGUCAUUCCAGAACUACGGACAAGCCCUGUUCAAACCUAUGAAACAAACCAGGGAACAAGAGACACCCCCAGACUUCUUCUACUUCUCUGACUUUGAGCGACACAACGCAGAGAUCGCUGCAUUUCAUCUGGACAGAAUCCUGGAUUUCCGGAGAGUUCCCCCGGUGGCCGGCAGGCUGGUGAACAUGACACGGGAGAUCCGAGACGUGACCCGUGACAAAAAGCUCUGGCGGACAUUCUUCGUAUCCCCAGCCAACAACAUCUGCUUCUACGGCGAGUGCUCCUACUACUGCUCCACAGAGCAUGCCCUAUGUGGGAAGCCCGACCAGAUCGAGGGCUCCUUGGCUGCAUUUCUUCCUGACUUGGCACUAGCUAAGCGCAAGACCUGGAGGAACCCCUGGCGCCGCUCCUACCACAAACGCAAGAAAGCUGAGUGGGAAGUGGAUCCGGAUUAUUGUGAUGAAGUCAAACAGACUCCUCCGUAUGACCGAGGCACACGACUUCUGGACAUCAUGGACAUGACUAUUUUUGACUUUCUAAUGGGCAACAUGGAUCGCCACCAUUACGAGACUUUUGAGAAGUUUGGAAAUGAGACUUUCAUUAUUCAUUUGGACAACGGCAGAGGAUUUGGAAAGCAUUCACAUGAUGAAAUGUCCAUCCUGGUCCCUUUGUCUCAGUGCUGCAGAGUGAAGAGGUCGACGUACCUGCGGCUACAGCUGUUGGCUAAAGAGGAGUUCAAGCUGAGCUCUCUAAUGGAGGAAUCGCUACUGCAGGACCAGUUGGCACCUAUACUCAUCCGGCCCCACUUGGAGGCCAUGGACCGCCGCCUGCGCCUGGUGCUCAAGGUGCUGGCCGACUGCGCGGAGAAAGAAGGCUUCUUAUCAGUGGUGGAGAACGACCUGGAGGGACAGCCCUCCUCGCACCACCACCAGGUGCAUAGAGGGAGGUAGUGUUCCCUCCAGUCAAUUCCCCGCCAUGAGCCCCACUGAGGCUUGUGCUCGAGUCACACUCUGAAUUCAGUGAAUUCCACACCACCAAUGCCUCUGAGGAGCCACCCUAUCAUAUGUGACGCAGCUGACAGCUAUCAGAGGAACUCUGGGAUGAAGGAGUUGUUUCUGGAUGGCUUGUGUUUGAGCUGUGCUCGGAGCUGCAGUACAGGCUUUUCUGUUGCAACCUGGUUUGUUCGACAAGUCUGCUGAUAUAAUUUAUUACAUUUGCAUAUUUCGAGUUGGGGAGUGUACAGAAGAGUUGGAACCAAAAGUUGGAACAGAUUUGAUUGUGGUUUUGGUACUCCGAUCUAUAUAUUCAAACACACAACUGUUAUUUACUGUGCUCAUGAAGGUCUUCGACAUAAGGGCACGUAAACGAGCUUUAAUAGUAAUAGUACUACUGCGCGAGGAUGCUUAAACACAUCCUCCUUCCCUGUGCGUUCACAAUUCAACAUAAUUUCCUACCAGUCAUCGCCUUCAGUCAUCGUGUCAGAUCCGGCUCAUUUGUUCUUUCACUUAGGGAAAUUCAGAGGUGAAGUGUGCGCUUCAUUUGAGGUUAUUCAGCAGUGAAGCACGUGUUUAAAUGUCUCCGCGGAGAACGAGAGAAUCACGCUGAUUGGUUCCUGUGCCCACAGUCAGUGUUUCCCAUCUCAGGCCUCAUGCUGAAUACACCUGCUUUCUCUUAAUGAGAACCUUAAGGAUCGGCUGAUGCUAUGCUAGCGUAAGUUCAUAAUGAUGUUAGUUGUACUUCACGCUGCAGGUUUCUCAUGUCUCCGCUGGUGGAGUGAUUUCAGUGCUUAAUUAUAGAGUAGGGCACAGGCUCGAGGGAAUGAAACAAACCAAUAGGAUGUGUAGGGGAACUGACACCGUGUCCUAAGAGGAAACAACAAGCAAAGUUCUUUCAUGUUAAAAAGAGUUUUUGUCCUAACCAGCUGACCAACGAGACCAGUCAGAAGUGGGAUCUGAUCUCUCAUCCGUUUCACUGGUCAGUGUUCAGAACAUGACAUAGAAAACCAAAUGCUCUUGUUAGCUUUGCAGGUGUUCCAUGGUUACACGAUGGCCACCAGUGUUCUGUGAUUAUUACCAGAGAGGAUCAAUCACCGUGUUUUACAUCUCCCUGUGUGCCGCAAUUUUUGUGUGAUCAUACACCCUAAUCUACUGUACACAAAUCUCCUUAAAGGGAUAGUUCACCCAAAAAUGAUAAUUCUGUCAUUAAUUACUCCCCCUCGUGUCGUU